GAGGGCCGGUCGGGGCCGCCGAGCUGCGAUGCGGACGGGGUCGCGGCGGUGAGCGGAGCUGCUCCUCGACAUGAACUCGCUGGAGCAGGCGGAAGCGCCGCCGGUGGCCGCCUUCCUUGCCACUGUGGUUUCCGGUGGCUGCAGAGAUCUCAAGGCUUUCGAGAGGCGACUCACUGAAUACAUUCACUGUUUGCAACCUGCCACCGGACGCUGGAGAAUGCUUCUUAUAGUGGUGUCUGUCUGUACUGCGACUGGUGCCUGGAACUGGUUAAUAGACCCUGAGACACAAAAGGUGUCCUUCUUCACGUCGUUAUGGAAUCAUCCGUUUUUCACCAUCAGCUGUAUCACCUUAAUAGGGUUGUUCUUCGCCGGCAUACAUAAGCGUGUUGUUGCACCAUCAAUCAUAGCUGCUCGAUGUCGAACAGUAUUAGCAGAGUACAACAUGUCUUGUGAUGAUACAGGAAAGCUAAUUUUGAAACCUAGGCCUCACGUUCAAUGACAAUCUGUACUCGUUGUGGGACUUAUAAAAGCCUUUUUCCAAAACAGUGAUGCAGCAAAAAAGCCAUAAAGGAUUCCUUUACAGCUGGAUAUGUGAAGGUCACAGCACCGACGGACAAGAAGUGUGCAAUAUUUCCCGAUGGUGGCGAACGCGCGGUGUCAGUGCUUUGGUACCUUGGAUUACCUGUGUGUCAGUAUUAGUGUCACUUUAGUACUUCAGAUCCUGCGAAGAUUUCUGCAGGUGAAGUAUGUAUGUAUGUUACUAAGUUAAACUUAGAAACAGAACCUCAUUCAGUUUUUAUAAUGUAUUUUUGCAAACUACUGUAAAUAGCAAAUCAAUGCCAAGUUCAACAAAGGAGGCUGUUGUGUGGACUGUGUUCUCCUGCUCCAGUGUUUGAGGGACAUCUCGCCACCCAGCCCUUUCAGCCCGGCUAUUAUGUGUGCCUUCCAUUCCUACACUGCUCUCUCAGUCCGCCUGCAGGAGUAUCCCCUCCAGCUGAGACUGAGGGAACGUCAUCUCCAUUAUGCCCUAAGAAAUCACAGACGUUUCGAGAAAGUUUUUGUUAAAGCAGAUAUUGAAUCCAACAACUAUGGUCAUUACAUUUUUUAAGUCCAUUGCUUUCACUGAAUGCUUAAUGUACUUUAAAGACCAUCCCAGGGGCUUCUGAAUAUACAGGUUUAGUUAGAAAUUAUGUUUGUCCAGGAAUUUGAUCAUCACUGUUUUAGGUAAUUGGGUUUUAUGCUGUGGUUGACAUCUGGUUACACUAGUGUUGCCAAGGUGUAAUUGAUUGUCCUGCUCCCUCACCAGGAUGACAUGGGGGUGGUGCCACAAACCAGAGUCUACAAUUCUCACUAUUUAGAGAGUGUUAAUGACAUACUGUGUAUGCAUAAUAGCCACGUGUACAAUAAUAGACCUUAAAAUUAAACUAUUGGGAUUGCUGUAAAUAUUUUAAAGUACUGGAGGUGCCUUUUACCUGUUUAUUAGAAGAUUUUGAAAGAUUUAAAUUAUUUCAUGAGCAAUCUUUUAAAUUUCAUUUAAUGUAAAGCUCAAAAUUCAAUAAUAGGACAAAAACUUUUUAACAAGGCUGCCAUCUAACUGAAAUGUGUUCAUGUUGGCUUUCCCAUGUAUAAUAUUUUAUUAUUUGAAUUGCAGCAAUAAAUCCCUCUGCUCCUGAGAAGUGUUAAGAGGGUAUUCUAUAUAUCCUGCUUUGUGUUUUAUUUCCUGUAAAUUUUGUAGGUAAAUAUGUGCAUAAAAAUAAAUACUUUAUAUAUUACUAGUGAUUGAGCUGCUUCAUUGGUUUAAUCUGGCUGUAACUCUAAAAUGUUAUAUCAGUACAGGCUGCUUCUGAGACUAACUGACUAACUGUCCAGUAGUACAAAUUUUUUAAGUAGCACUUGCAAAUUAAUUAAGUUUUUAUUCUUAACUGUUUACAUGACUCUUAAUAAGGAAACAGGGGCUGCUAUAAAACUGAAGAGAGAUUUUAUAAUUCUUAAUCUUUUGGGGGCUCCAGAACACUUUUCAGUAUUUUUAACAGAAGCCAAAAUAACAGGGCAAACGGAGACUCUAAGAUGGACUGUGUCAAUCAGGAUUCUUCAGCGACCUCAUCGUGCUUGGAAUGGCAAGAUUGGCAGCAACUCACAACUGUUGAACUGUCAAAACCACUUGAGCAAGAUCCGCGGAGCAUGCCCCGCAUCGGGGACUUGGGAAGGGUUGAGACUGAGUGGGGCUUCUCCCUUUACCUCCCCCUUUACCCCAGAUAUAG